AUGCAAAUGAUUAUGUUACUGAUCAGAUCAGUGUAUGUGAUGGACAACUCGUGUCCUGACCAGGAUAGUGGUCAUAUCGGAGAAAGUUCUCCAAGCAACACUUUCAUAUAUCCUGGUAUGGAAGUAGUCGGCCAUCCUACGCAGUUGACCACUUGUGGUGAUGAAUCACAAGAACAUGCACAACAUGAUUGUGAAAGUGCGGGAACGAGCAGCUCAAGAAAACGCAAGAGAGUGAGCGGACAAUCGAAUGAAGAUCGCUCAAAUAAGCUUAAAAAGUUGCAAAAUGUCAUUUUUAAAGUGAUAAAUAAGAGAGAAGAUUUUAGUCAGGAAUAUGAUCAAAAAACAAAGGAAAACCAAGGAGAUUUGGAGUUGUCCAGGUAUUUUGAUAAUCUAAAAGAAAUGUUGGUUAAGUAUGCACGUUGUUUACGUAUAAAUAAGGGAAGGAUAGUUAAUACGGGAACAGAUAAUUGUGAUAUUUCGUCACAUAUUUCAGAAUAUAUUACACUUAGAACAAACAUAUUUGUUCAGAUGAAAAGAUUUUCAGUGUCAAUCGAAAGAUUAAGUUCCGAUAAAGUGGCUGUUUGCUGUGAGGGUGAGAAAAAAAUUUCUCUGUUGCUGGUGAAUUAUGUCAGCUAUGACAAUGAAGGGUAUUCUAUGCUAACAACGAAUUC